GCUCUGUUUCCGAAAUAAAAGGGGUAUACGGCUGGUCUCACACACCCUGUAUAAAGUUACAUUUUGUUUAACUAUUUUACUUGUAUAACUAUUAGGACUUAACUACAACAUGUGUUUGUGUAUACAGUGGCAUGCAUUAAAAAAGUAAGACGUAUUUGUGAGGACACUGACCACUUAUAACAAUAACAGAUAUGUAUAGUUUAUAUUUUUAAAUAUUCGGAGUCAAUAAUUGUCAAGUUAUUCGAGCGACAACAGGAGUUUCUCAUCUAAUGAUUCGCAUUUGCGCGAUAACGUUUCAAACGCAACGAGAGCGGCAGCGAUUAAAAGUGUGUGUCUGUCCAAUAAUAGGCGCGCUCGAACGCCCCUCUCUCCAGCGCUGGUUCCUCCAGCGAAUUCGUAUCAACGAUGAUGCCAUUUUCGUCGAUGAUCGACAUGGCUGUGAAAUCGCAUCAUCACUCGACUGCUACCAGUGCCGCCUAGUCAUACCAGAUUGCGGGAAAAUGGCGAAUGACCGUUUGGAUAUAGUAAUAUUUGGUGCCACUGGAUAUACUGGAAAACAUGUAGUGAAGAGUGUGACACAUAUGCGCAAAGAACAGAAAAUGAAGUUUGGCGUCGCUGGUCGCAGACAGGAAGCACUGGAAGCGGUUGUUAAAGAAUUCGCUUCAGAUAUUGAGAAUGUACCUAUUCUUGUGGCUGACGUAAAAGAUGAGGAAUCUCUCAAGAAAAUGACAGAGCAAGCAAGAGUACUCAUUAAUUGUUGUGGUCCAUAUAGACUUUAUGGAGAGCCAGUUGUUAAAGCAUGCAUUGCUACUCGCACUCAUUAUGUGGAUGUCACUGCUGAAGAACAGUUUAUGAUGGAAAUGCAAUUGAAAUAUAGCGAGGCAGCUAAAGAAGCUGGAAUUUAUGUAGUGAGUGCUUGCGGAUUUGAUUGUAUUCCUAGUGAUUUGGGAAUCCUUUUCACUCAGGAAAAAUUUGGAGGAGAAGUCAACGAUGUUGAAGUAUACAUAAAGAUGUUAACUAUCACUGAUAACAAAGGUCCGUAUUUGAAUUAUGCAACUUGGGAGUCUGCAAUAUUAUAUUUUGUGUCUCGUACAAACGAAUUACAAGAAUUACGCAACAAAUUGUUUCCUACCAAACUGCCUGAAUUCACGCCGAAAUUGAAAUCAAGAGGUAUGGUGCACCAAAGUGAUGUUUCUGAAGGAUGGUCUGUACCGUUACAGAGUUGCGAUCGUUCACUAGCUCUUCGUACACAGCGAUUUUUGUAUGAGAAGUACAAAGAGAGGCCUGCGCAAGUUCAAGUUUAUACUACCAUUACGUCUCUCUUUGGCUUGUUGAUGCUCUUCAUUUUUGGGAUAAUGCUGUCUCUUUUGGCUCCCAUAGCGUGCGGUCGUAAGUUACUUUUGAAAUACCCGUCUUUAUUCACAUUCGGUUUUAUCACUCACGAAAAUCCGGAUCCGGAACUGUGGAAAUCGAUGCCAUUUUCUGUGACGAUCAAAGCCCGUGGAUGGACCGAAAAGUUGGCCGAACCUACCGACAAACACAUAAAUCCACCUAAUAAGACAGUAAUCACCAAAGUUUCUGGUGUUUCUGCUCCAUACGAAGCGGCGAGUAUUAUGGCGAUCUUAUCAGCAAUAACAAUCCUUAACGAGGCUGGCAAAAUGCCUGACAACGGAGGCGUGCUCACUCCCGGUGCUGCAUUUGGUAAAACAUCUCUGGUCGAGCAACUGAAUAAGCAUAAUAUUAAAUUCGAGAUGAUAUCGUCUACCGUAAAAUAGAGAUAUAAUUCUCGUUGACAAUAUUUUCUUUUUGAUACGCUUUAUAUUUACGUGUGAUUAUGAUAUUAAUAUUUUUGUGAUUUAACAUAAACUUCGUACUUCAUACAUAUUUAUUUCACUAUACAUAUUUCAAGAUAAAAUCUGAAUGUUGUAAAGUUAUUAGAGUUUAAUAAAGAUUACUUACGUGUCGAAAAGUGAGAGAAAGAUUUAUGUCAAAACUAUAUUAAAUACAAUGUUGAAUUAAAUAUGUUUUAGCAUUACUUGAGUUGUUUAAUGUAUACAUAUGAUUUAAUUUAAUAUUGUUACACGUAUAGUAAACUUCAUAAUUAAUUCUUUUUACUAAUUAAAAGUCGUUGGUUGCUUCGUAAUAUAACAAACAAACGUUUAAGAUAGUGUUAAUUGUAUAUUUUGUAUAAUUAAAAAUUCUUUAAAUUUUA